AUGGAAAAGAACAAACGCGUUGGCGAGAAGACGUCUCUACUGAUGAGAAGAGAUCAACAAGAGAGCGUUCCGGGAUCUUUGGCGAGGAUCGGCCCCAUGGUCUUCCUGCACACUUUAGGUUGGAGUUUUUCCGAAGUCAAGCUCACCGAUCAGAUCGUCUACCAAGCGUGCGUGGUACAUCUGGGAAGCGCUGAAGGCGGCUGUUCCCGGCUUGGGCAGGACAACGUCACAACAGCUGGUACACAGUUGGAGCAGGUCGUCCAACCGUUCGCGGCUUGCGUUUCGAUGUCGAUCGUGCUGCUUACGUCGGUCGUUCCAGCGCUGGCAGCACUCUUCUUCGGACCAUGGUCCGAGAGGUUCGGCAGGAAGCCCGUGAUAGGCGUUGCUUCCGUUGGGUAUCUACUGAGCUACCUGCUGAUCGCUCUCAUCGGACAUCUGUCCACGUAUUACAUCGUGACGCCGUGGUUCUACGUCGCGGCCAACAUUCCGGUGGCAUUCCUCGGAGGAUUCUCCGUCUUCAACGCCGGGAUCUUCAGCUACAUGAACGACGUAAGCAACGAAAGCAACCGCACGGUUCGGAUGGGAGCCCUGCAGGGCUUCACCAUACUUGGAGUGCUGAGCGGCCUCUUCGCAAGUAGCUGGACAGCUGGAGCGAUCACCAUAACCACGUCGUUCCUGAUCUCGUCCGCGAUCCAGUUUGUGAGCCUACUAUUGCUGAUCUUCCUGAUGCGCGAGAGUGUCCAAGUGGAUCGUAGCGUCCGAACAAGGCAGAAACUCGCCGCGAUCUUCAAGCUCGAUCGCGUCCGGGACAUGAAGCGGACCCUGCUGCAGGAUCGACCCGACGGCGGACGCACGAUCGUUUGGUUCCUGAUCGCGAUCGGCGGAAUGGUCGAGCUGGCGACCGCCGGUCGCGUCCUCUUCUUUCUGUACACCCGGCACGAGUUCGGCUGGAACAUCCAGCAGUACAGUCUGUGGCUCUCCUCUGAGUUCGCCGUCAUCAUGCUCGGAAACCUGUUCGGAAUCCUCGCGCUUCGCAAGCUGUUCCGCGUGUCCGACCUCGGACUCCUUCUCCUGGUUGGCAACUGUACCUGA